AUGGCUGAUCCCCUCAAUAGCCUGACUGUAGCCAUUCUCCAGCUUGUAUCCAUGUCCUUUCUACGCUGUGGUGCUUCAAUAUUCAAGAUGGAAGGGAACGGUACGGAAGUAAAUUGCACUGGUCUUCACCUGCCAUUUCAGUACUCCUUGUAUGCUAUCACAUAUAUUGUGGUCUUCAUCCCAGGCCUUCUGGCCAACAGUACGGGCCUCUGGGUCUUAUGGCGUUUCAUCAGCAAAAAGAAUAAGGCCAUCAUCUUCAUGAUCAACCUGGCUAUUGCUGACCUUGCUCAUGUUCUCUCACUGCCGCUGCGGAUCUAUUACUAUAUCAACCACCACUGGCCAUUCCCAAGAUUCCUGUGCCUUUUCUGCUUCUAUCUGAAGUACCUCAACAUGUAUGCGAGUAUCUGCUUCUUGACUUGCAUUAGCCUGCAGCGAUGCUUCUUCCUUCUCAAGCCUUUCAAGGCCCGAAACUGGAAGCGCAGGUAUGAUAUAGCCAUCAGUGCCACCAUCUGGAUCACCGUGGGGGCUGCCUGCUUGCCCUUGCUCGUCAUGAGAAGUGCCAGCCUGGCCAACACCUCCAGUGAGACCUGCUUUGCCGAUCUCGCAGUCCGACACAUUGACAUGACUUCUUCCAUCGCCAUGAUCACCGUAGCUGAACUGGGAGGCUUUGUGAUCCCUGUUGGUGUCAUUGCCUUUUGCACCUGGAAGACAAUGAAAUCCUUACAAGACUACCAAAUGCCCCCCCAAAACAACAGUGAGAAAGAAAAAGCCUUGCGGAUGGUCCUGAUGUGUGCCAUGGUCUUCUUCAUUUGUUUCACCCCAUACCAUAUCAAUUUCCCUAUCUUCAUGAUGCUGAAACAAGACCUCUUUUCCAGCUGCUCCUUUAUGAAAAGCAUUCUGUGUUUCCACAUCAUUUCUUUGUGCCUCGCUAGUAUGAAUUGUUGUCUUGACCCGCUGGUGUAUUAUUUUAUGACAGCUGAGUUUCGGGAUCGGUUGUCACCCCGUGGCCUCAUGAAUAUCCUGUCCCGUUUCACACCCAAUAGCAACAACUUUGGCUUUAAUCGCCGACAAGAGGAGCUUCAAACCAUUACAUUUGAGCUUCUGGAUGACCUCAAGCCACUUUAAUUCUGUUAGAAGCAAGUAAAAUAUAUUCAGUUUUACACAUUGAUGAGGAUUGACUUAAAAAGACUGUCACUCUUUGACUUUACUUAGAAAGUACUAUUUUAAAAAGUCAAAAUUUUGUGUUACGUUCAUAAAUAUUUACUGAUCUGGAGAGGGAGACACACAGAGAGAGACAGAGACACAAAGAGAAAAUGAGAAUUUCUUUCCUUAAUCCAUUUUGCAUGUAGUUGCCAGAUGAAUCUUAGGAAUUGAUCUUAUCACAUCACUUCCCUACUCAAAAACUUCAAUUUUUAAAAAUUACUUAAUGAGUAGAAUUAAAACUCCUUAGGCUAAAAUUAAGGGUCCUUCAUGAUUUGUCUCCGACCUAUGUUUUUUCAGCUUUAUCUCCCACUAAUCCCUUUCAUACACUUGAUGCUUCAACAAAAC